UCCGUGCAAUUAGACCACGUUCAUUGUUUGUCCAAAAUUGACGUCGUCGGUUCCGGUCAACUGUUUAACGAUAAAAUUAAAGCCGCACAUCAUUUUCACAUAAUUAAUGUACAGUCAUAGCAUAAAUGUUACGUUACAACCGAAUGUAAAUUAAGAUUAUGUGGUGCGGGACACAUUUUUCGUUUUUUGUGGUUUCUAUGUAACAAGUGGUUGGUUUUGAAUAUUAUAGUUGUGUACUGGCGGUUUUUUUUGUGAAAAGUAAAAUAAAAACAUCAAUCAAUGCCAACACAGUCAAAGCUACAUAAAAUUUCGUGGAAAUUCCGUUGAACGCCAAUACAUUAUACAUACCGAGAUUUUAGACAACAUAUAUACCAUCAAAAUGAGCAUUGCCACACAAAAGCCUCAUUAUCUGCAUACCAUCGGCAUCCAAUUAUUUUUCAACGAUUACCUCAGAUCAUGGAUUUUCCUAUUGCUACUGGUAUGUUGUACAUUUAAUAUCGGUUGGGCUGGAUUGGCAUGCCUGAGUAAUCCAUGCGUUUUCGGUGUAUGUAUGGAUGAUUUAAAUAGCACAUACUCUUGUUAUUGUAUCGAUGGUUAUACUGGCACAAAUUGCCAGACGAAUUGGGAUGAAUGUUGGUCGUCGCCAUGCCAAAACGACGGAACAUGCAUUGAUGGAGUUGCUGCAUACAAUUGCAGUUGCCAGGAUGGAUUUGUCGGUUUAAACUGUGAAGAAAACUUGAACGAAUGUCUUUCCAAUCCCUGCCAGAAUGGAGGAAGUUGUUAUGAUAGAGACAAUAGUUAUGUUUGUGUAUGCCAGCCCGGAUUCUUGGGAAGCAAUUGCGACGUUGAUGUUGCUGUAUGCACAACAGGUGACGAACGAUGUUACAAUGGUGGCGAAUGUAUCGAAGGAGUCGGUCUCGAGUUCAGCUGCAAUUGUGUGGCCGGUUAUACGGGCGAUUAUUGUGAUGUUGAAAUCGACGAAUGUGAAAGUGCACCGUGUAAAAAUGGUGCUAUUUGUAUUGACAAACUGGCAAGCUAUCAGUGUGCCUGUACGGCAGGGUAUACGGGCGAAAAUUGUGAAGAGGCAAUUAUGCUUUGCGACGAUUCGCCGUGUCAGAACAAUGCACUUUGUUUGAUGGAAUUGGGAACGCCAGUGUGCUAUUGUGUACCAGAUUUUCACGGCGAAAAGUGUGAGCAUAAAUACGACGAAUGUGAACUGAUGUCGCCACGAUGCGUUAACGGCGGUACAUGUAUAGAUGGAAUCGAUGAAUAUAGCUGUUCAUGUCCGCCACAAAUCACCGGAAUGUCUUGUGAAUGUCUCAUGCUUGACACUGACGACUACGACUGUAACUACACAUCCGAUUUUACGACCACAAUGUUUUCGACUUAUGAAACAGCAAACACCGCAUCACCUACGGUUCAAUUUGAGAUAACAUCAACCGUUAUUUCGGAUGCUACAACUGAAAUGGCAACGGACGACAAUUCCAUAAUCGAUAGUUACGAAACUACAACUGUGCUAACAAGUACGACAAGUACGGUGGAAUUAACCACCAGCAUUUCGCUUACUUCGGAGAGUUAUCCGGAUUCGACCACCGUUAAUCUAGUUACGACGACAACAGAAACUACUUCCGAUGUAACACAAUUCAUUGAUGUUGGUAGUAUAACGACGGAGGGUACAGAAUCGGAAACGACUGCUGUACCGGAAACUACGACUGCAAGCUCUGUUACUACAGAUGUUAUGUAUCGGUCAACCACGGAUUACAAUACAAUACUCGACGAUACAACGUUAAGCAAUUCGUUCUUCACUGAUUAUCCAACGAUGAAAACCACCACCGAGUCUACAGUUUUCGUGGACAAGAGCGAAACAUCAACAGUUGAUGGUCAGCAACCUACUAUGACAACGGAGACGACAACAGAAUAUGUAAUACCGACCACAAUCGAAGUGGACAAAAAUGUGUCCACCAGCAAACCGAUAGCUUGUGCCAAAGUAUGCCAAAAUGGUGGUACCUGUGUAUCAACGCCGGAAGGUGGUGAUAAGUGUAAAUGUCCCUUACCUUACGAAGGGUCUCUGUGCGAAACUCGAGUAUCCAUCCAAAAUGCUGCCUUCAACGGUAACUCCUUCAUUAGCCACAUUAUACAUCCUUCGGCCGAGCAGAGUGCAUAUAGUCGGAAACGACCAUUCAACAUACAAGUGGAAGUAAAUGCUCGGACACGAGCUUCCGAUGGAUUAAUUCUGUUAGCAACUGCACAAAGUUCACGGGGCAAUUACUACAUGGCACUGUUUCUACACAGAGGGUUGUUACAGUUUCAGUUCUCUUGUGGCCAACAAACAAUGUUGUUGAGUGAACUGGAAAUGCCAGUUAAUACGGGGGACGAUAUCUCCAUUCAAGCUGAACUCGAUUUCAUUCACAACUACACUCAUUGCAAAGCGUUUCUUCGCGUGAAUGAUACAUUGGCUAUGUCCGGCUAUCAACCGACUUGGUUAAAUCUACUGCCACUCAAUAUUCGAUAUGAGCAAAAUAUUGAAAAUUCGUGGUUGCAUUUGGGUGGAACGCCUCAAGCUCCAAUCAGUCUGGUUAAUAAUUUGGUUGGUAAACCAGGCUUCACCGGGUGUAUGCAAUCAUUAAGAAUUAAUGGUCAGAGUUUGAACAUUUUCGGCGAUGCAGUGGAUACGAUCGGUAUAACAGAAUGUGGAUCUCUUACCUGUUUGUCGAAUCCAUGCCAAAAUAGAGGCAUUUGCGUGGAGGAGGACAGUGACAAAAGUAUGGAUUCAACUGACGUUCAAGACACAUGGCAUUGCAAAUGCCCACCGGGAUUCAGGGGCAAGAGGUGUGAGAUAAGUGUUUGCGAAAAUAAUCCAUGUCAGUAUGGAUCGACGUGCGUAUUGUUCCCGGGAAGCGGGUAUCUAUGUUUAUGUCCGUAUGGGAAACACGGCCAUUUCUGCGAACACAAUCUUGAAAUCGCACAGCCACAUUUCUCCGGAAGUGUUAAUGGUCUAGCCUCGUAUGUUGCGUAUCCGGUUCAAUUGCCUCUGGACUACUCAAUGGAACUAAGUCUGAAUAUACUGCCAACAACUAUGACACAGAUAUCGCUGGUGGCUUUCAUCGGUCAGAAUAGCUUUCACGACGAUAAGAGCGACCACAUGGCGAUAAGUUUCGUCCAAGGCUACAUAAUGUUGACAUGGAAUCUAGGAUCCGGACCACGACGAAUAUUUACCGAGAAACCGGUAGAAUUUAAAGAGACAACAGCGCGAACUUCGAUCAACAUUAAUGUGGGUCGAUUAGGGCGACGAGCAUGGUUGUCUGUCGAUGGAAAAUACAACGUAUCCGGUCGAUCUCCGGGAAGCUUAACCAAAAUGAACGUUGAACCGAUAGUGUAUCUGGGUGGACAUAAAAUGUCAAACUUUUCGUCGCUACCGCAUGAUCUUCCCUUGCAUAUGGGCUUUCAGGGUUGCAUUUUUGAUGUACAUUUCAAAGCGGGCAUGGUUGUCGUUCCGUUACAGGAGACUCGUGGUGUACAAGGACGUGGUGUCGGCCAAUGCGGAACAAAGGAAUGCCAUCGCCAUGCAUGCCAAAAUGGUGGUGCUUGUCUUAAUCUCGGAUCAACAUUUUCGUGUAUAUGCCAGGAAGGGUUUUUCGGUCCACUUUGUGCGCAGAGGAGCAAUCCAUGCGACGAAGGAAACAAUAAAUGUUUCACAGGAUCGAUCUGUGUUGCAUUGGUUAAUGGCUAUGAAUGUGAUUGCCCACUAGGGAGAACUGGUCAAUAUUGCGAAAGUGAGUUGACAUCGCUGUCGGAUGUAGGUUUAAGUGGCAGACGCUCGUUUUUGGAAAUGCUGCAUCCAGGAGACUUGGACAUGGUCAUGUCCGAAAAUGAAAUUGAUUAUCAAAACUACAAAAUGUUCGCCCUCACCAAUGCGAAUUCCAGCCACAGCCAGAAAAUGAGUUUUUAUAGCAACGUGACGUUACCAAGCAACAGACGAAUGCUGAUUGUGGCCACCACAUCCAAUGCAAUUCGUCGUGUCCAAUAUUUUUCCGUUGAAUUUCAAAUUAAACCGUUGGCCGAAAAGGGACUACUGCUGUUCUACGGAUCAUUUCAAUCGAAAUCGAGCACGGGAUUUAUCAGUUUAUCGUUGCAAGGUGGCGUAGUCGAGUUUCGAAUACUCACCACCGAUCAACAGAUUAAUAUCGUUCGGAGUGUUCGUAUGCUGGCUAUUGGUGAAUGGCAUAAAGUAAAGGCAUCACAAAGUGGAAGGCGUAUCAGUCUGUGGGUUGAAGGAACUGCUUCAGCUGCACUAGCAUCUGCCAGUGACGUUUUUAUCGGAAACGGUUCGCAUAUCUUUUUGGGUGGAGUGCCUGAUCUGUCAGAGCUUCCCGGCUCUUCCAUUUCCGGAUAUCCAAUGCCGAUGAGGGGCUGCCUCAGACACCUUUCUGUGAACGGACUUAGAGUUGUUCUGAAUGAGAGUAACAUUUACGCUUCUAGGAAUUUAUAUGAUUGUGAUGGUACUCCUUGCGGUGGCGAUACUUGUGAAUCCGAAGGACAGUGUUGGUUAGACAGUACAUUUCAGCCGCAUUGUAAGUGCCCAGAAGUGGCGAAAGGACGCCAUUGCGAGCUCAAAGAAUCUUGCAAGUAUAUCAACUGCAAGAAUAAUGGCAAGUGUCUAAGGAGUGGCGAAUGUAGUUGUCCGAAUGGCUACGGGGGAUUCCAUUGUGAGAUAGUCACCUCCAAAUCGUCGAAGCCCAGUUUCCGUGGUAAUUCGUGGCUAAUGGUUCAUCCGAAACGAAUACCAGUUAAGGAGAAACGUAAUGGACCAGUCGUUUACAGCAGUCGCGUCAAAAACGAGUUCAAGGUUUCGCUCAAUUUUUCGACAAUAUCAAUGGACGGAUUACUGCUGUGGACGCAGAGUGAAAAUGGCUAUGUGGGAUUGGGCAUACAAAAUGGACAGAUGAAAUUUGCCAGUAAUUUGCUCAAUGGAUCGGGAAAUGUUUUUGAAAUGCCAAAUGGAGGAUUUGUGGCCGAUGGAGGUUGGCACGAUGUUCAAUUAGAAAUAAACGAAAAAAUUGUGACAUUCACUGUGGACAAUCGACCAAUAUUUACAGAAAAUCAAAAACUGAUCAAAAUGCGGCCCUCGAUUAUGGACGAAUUUUUCGAUUUUGAAAAGCAUCCGUUUUUCAUCGGUGGAUUACCAAACAAUCAAACAUUGCAACGACAAACCAAGAAUAUUUUCAAAAAGCCAUUUGUUGGAUGCCUGGAAAAUAUCAAUAUUGGAACUGAAGACUUAAACGAUUUCUCAUCCUACGAUGGAGAGAACAUUGGCUCAUGCGAUUUUGAUGAUUUUUCAUAUUUGCAAUGGUAAAUAAAUUGUGAUGUCA